UCGUGAGCCCAGUGUUUCCGUACUCACCCGAACCCUCCCGAGUUCGCGUCGCUACUUUCCGAAGGUGAAUCUGAGCUAACAUGUCUGGACGAGGAAAGACCGGAGCCAAGGCCCGCGCCAAGGCCAAGACCCGCAGCUCCCGCGCCGGCCUGCAGUUCCCCGUCGGCCGUGUCCACCGCCUGCUCCGCAAGGGGAACUACGCCGAGCGCGUGGGCGCCGGAGCCCCGGUGUACCUGGCCGCCGUGCUGGAGUACCUGACCGCCGAGAUCCUGGAGCUGGCUGGAAACGCCGCCAGAGACAACAAGAAGACCCGCAUCAUCCCGCGCCACCUCCAGCUGGCGGUCCGCAACGACGAGGAGCUCAACAAGCUGCUCGGCGGGGUCACCAUCGCCCAGGGCGGCGUGCUGCCCAACAUCCAGGCCGUGCUGCUGCCCAAGAAGACCGGCCAGUCCGCGCCGAGCUCCGGCAAGGCGGGGAAGAAGGCCUCGUCCCAGUCCCAGGAGUACUAGUCCGCCGAACAACUGGACCACAAAGGCCCUUUUAAGGGCCACCACCCCCCUGAGAGCCAAGUCCUGAUCCCGGUCCUGGUCUGUCUGUCCUCUGUGUCCUGAUCUGUCUUUGUAUUUAAUAAACGCCUGUUUUUGUAACGUG